CCUGGGCACAACGAGUUCUUACGGGCCAACAGCACCUCGGACUCUAUGUUCACAGAAACGCCUUCCCCAGUGCUCAAAAAUGCCAUCUCUCUCCCAACCAUUGGAGGGUCCCAAGCUCUCAUGUUGCCUUUAUUGUCACCUGUGACAUUUAAUUCCAAACAGGAGUCCUUUGGGCCUGCAAAGCUGCCAAGGCUUAGCUGUGAGCCGGUCAUAGAGGAGAAAGCUCAGGAGAAAAGCAGUCUGUUGGAGAACGGGACAGUGCACCAGGGAGACAGCUCGUGGGGGUCCAGCGGUUCCGCAUCUCAGUCCAGCCAGGGCAGGGACAGCCACUCCUCCAGCCUGUCCGAACAGUACCCCGACUGGGCGGCCGAGGACAUGUUUGACCAUGCUGCUCCAUGCGAGCUCAUCAAGGGAAAGACCAAAUCAGAAGAGUCUCUCUCUGAUCUUACAGGUUCCCUCCUCUCCCUGCAGCUUGAUCUUGGGCCCUCACUUCUAGACGAGGUGCUGAAUGUCAUGGAUAAAAAUAAGUAACAGGAUGCCAGCUCUUUUCCUUUGGGGUGAAAGGCACCAAAACAAAACAAGACAAAACAAAAAUACUAAACUAACCACAGUUGAAGGGAAGAGCUUCACUGGCUGUAUUUGCAGUCGUGUGAUGGGUUUUCUAAAGUAACCUUCCUACAAAAUAUUUUUUUACCUGUUAUGCCCUGUUUGCAAAAACAGUUUAGAAAAACAAACCUGUCCUGGCAGAAGGAGGAAGUGAGUCAGAGCCCAUUUUCGGUGGGCAUUGCUGAGGUUCAGCUCACAUUUUUUGCAGACAUGUAAGAAAGCUGCCUUGGCCAGGAUUGGCACUAGCUAUGAAGGGCUGGGUGAGUCACAUUAAGGAACUUUACAGUACUCCAACAUUUUCUGAGCAAGAGGAAGUCAAAAUUUAUUUAACACCUAAGCCUUUUUUCUAGACUCUUUUCUAUAUUAUAUUGUUUGGGCUCACAAAAGCAAAUUCUCUGUUGUUAAAACUUUUCUCCGUUUUCACAUUUGAACAACUUUAUGGGUUUGGGGGAUUUUCUUGUAGUUCUUAUAUAUCCUGUUAUAUUAUAUCUAUAUUGCAAAAUUUUGACUGUCAGCUACGUGUUGGUAAGACACAAGCAAAGUAUUACUGUAACUAAGUUAUUUUUAAAGUUAAAA